CGCGUGGGCUAGCCCAAGGCGCCGUAAGAGGACCGACGGCAGCUCCACUCGGCCCCGGGCUUCAAAGCGGGCAGAGGCUGCCGUCGCCGCCGCCGCCGCUUCUCCGCGCACCGGCCAGGCCUCCGCUCCUUCGGCCGGAGGGAGCGCUUCGGACCCAGGCGAUCCCGGGGGACGCCCCCGAGGACGAUGCCCCGCGGAAGAAAAACUGGAAGAAUUAAAGUUUGGAUUCAGCCGACUGCCAAACUGCUCAGAUUUCUCUGAAGAGUCCAGCGUAAAAAGUUUGUCAAGAGUAGAACAACUUGCCAAAUCUGACAGUGAGCAGAAAGGCUUUUAAUCGCUGAGCCAUGAUCUGUUCAAAAGUUUUCAUCAGACUGCUGUGGUUCUUCUACGGGUUCCUCAUUUUUCAAGGCUGGAACAGAGACAGCAUGAUCCACGCGGCAGGAAUAAAGACAGAUCCUGACCAGCAGAAACAGGAAGAUGGUGUGACUGUAGCCCCAGAGGACAUCAUGCCUUUUUUACAGUGCUACUGUUCAGGUCACUGUCCAGAGAACGCCAUUAAUAACACAUGCAAAACUAACGGGCAUUGUUUUGCCAUCAUUGAGGAGGACGAAAAUGGAGAAAAAACUCUUUCUUCCGGCUGCAUGAAGUACGAAGGCUCGGAUUUCCAGUGCAAGGAUUCCCGAAUUGUUCUACGACGACGUACCAUUGAAUGUUGCCGGACCGACUUCUGCAAUCAAGAUUUACACCCCACUCUAUCCCCUGCUCCAAAAGAUAACCUGUUUGAUGGCAGCAUACGUUGGAUAGCUGUGCUUAUUUGCAUGGCGGUCUGCAUAAUGGCCAUGAUUGCCCUGUUAGGCUGCUUCUGCUACAGGCAUUACUGCAAAGGGCUGGCAAAGAGACGACGUUACAAUCGUGAUUUGGAGCAGGAUGAGGCUUUCAUUCCAAUUGGGGAAUCAUUAAAGGAUCUCAUUGACCAGUCGAUCAGCUCUGGCAGUGGUUCUGGACUGCCUCUGUUGGUGCAACGGACGAUCGCCAAACAGAUUCAGAUGAUCCAGCAGGUUGGAAAAGGCAGAUACGGUGAAGUUUGGAUGGGUAAAUGGAGAGGGGAAAAGGUGGCAGUGAAAGUCUUUUGCACUCCCGAAGAAGCCAGCUGGUUUCGGGAAACGGAGAUUUACCAGACGGUCCUUAUGCGCCAUGAAAAUAUACUCGGGUUCAUAGCAGCAGAUAUUAAAGGCACCGGGUCCUUGACUCACCUCUACCUGAUCACCGAUUAUCACGAAAAGGGAUCUUUGUACGAUUUCCUGCAGUACACCACUCUGGACAACAGAGCUUUGUUGAAGCUGGCGUAUUCCGCUGCCUGCGGUCUCUGCCAUCUGCACACCGAAAUCUAUGGGACGCAAGGCAAGCCUGCGAUUGCUCACAGAGACCUGAAGAGCAAAAAUAUUUUGAUCAAGAGGAACGGGGUCUGCUGCAUUGCAGAUUUGGGCCUGGCCGUCAAGUUUAACAGUGAUACAAAUGAGGUCGAUGUUCCUAUAAAUACGAGGGUGGGCACAAAACGGUACAUGGCCCCUGAGGUCCUGGAUGAAACUUUGAAUAAAAAUCACUUCCAGCCAUACAUCAUGGCUGACAUCUACAGCUUCGGCUUGAUCAUUUGGGAGAUGGCUCGCCGAUGCAUCACAGGAGGCAUUGUUGAAGAAUACCAGCUGCCCUAUUACGAUAUGGUCCCGAACGAUCCUUCGUUCGAGGAUAUGAGAGAGGUGGUUUGCGUGAAGCACCUGCGCCCGGUGGUGUCAAAUCGAUGGAAUAGCGAUGAGUGUUUAAGAGCAAUACUGAAAUUAAUGUGCGAAUGCUGGGCCCACAAUCCAGCCUCUAGACUCACCGCCUUGAGGAUUAAGAAAACGCUUGGCAAGAUGGUGGAAUCGCAAGACGUCAAAAUUUGACACAGACACGUCGCAGGGGAGUGCAUGUGGGACUCUUAGAGCUGCUCAUGCGACCCCGUGCAGGUGUGAUGGGAACAGGAGCAGACCUCUUGACUUUCAGCCCACACUUCCUCGUUAGUUCUACAGGCUGCUAAUAAAUAAUUAAAUUUUAACAGGACGUGGGAUCCGCGCACACAAUACGAUAAACACGCGUGGAUGGCCUUGUGUUUUUUAUUAUUAUUAUUAUUAUUUUGAGCUGCAUUAAGAUUUUCAUCACGGUUUUAAAUCCCCACCGGUUUCUUGAGUGCUGAAUUGGAUAUUCAGACCGAUCGCGCUUUCUGUGAAAGCCUUAAGUUGAAUGCAACGGCAACGGGGGUGGGAAAAAAAAUCAAGCUUUUUGUCUCCUACCUGAUGUUACUUACCUAACCAGGACUUGACAGAAUAGCCUGUGUGUCUGGGACACUUUUAAAUCAUUGGACUGUUCCUUAAGUCUUCUACAAUGUUGUGCCAGGACUUUUCUCCCGCGUUUGGAGUACUUCAGAAGCCAUUUGGUUUUGUUCAAAGCUACCGUUUUCUUUUUUUCGCAAGGCCUUGUCUUAAAACACGACAUAGAUUCGAGAUGCGAAGAAGAGUUACUUCUAACCUUCCUUUUGUGCCGCUUCUUUCAAGUUUCAUGGCAAAGAUCAAAAUCAAUGCCCAGAGCUAUUCCUGAAGACCGCCACAUUGAACCGCAGAAUCACUUCGAUAAUUUUAAGUGCCUGUGAUCUUGUACUGUAAACCAUGCCCUAGCUGGGGUUGUUUUGUUUUGUUUUUUUUUGUUUUGUUUUGUUUUUGUUUAUUUUUAUUUUUUUGGAAAAGGGAAAU